AUGGAUUCCAAUGCCAAUGCCAAUGCCAAUUCUCCAACCAACACCCUCGACCCGAUAGUCAUCGCCGCUAGAGGCAAUGAAAUCACAGGGCUCGACAUCUUCCAAAAAACGGAAGACGACUUUGAGCUACCCAGAGUAGGAGAGCUCAUGUCACAAAUGCACGCAGACCAACCCACUGGCGGAAUAGACAUGGUCUACGGAAAGACAGACACCCAGCAUCUCCGCUUUUGGAAAGCCAAUCCAAGCAAGUCAUCCGAAUCAUCCAAAGCCCCGAUUAUCGUCUUCGUGCAUGGCGGCAGUUGGCGAUCAGGGACGAACCUGGAUUCCAUCGGAUCUACCAAAGUUGGUCAUUUGACCGAGCUAGGCUAUGCCUUUGCGAGUAUCAACUAUACACUCUUCCCCACCGUGACGGUGGAAGAACAAGUACAAGAGAUAGCCAAUUCGAUCAACUAUCUCGUGAAGAAUGCAUCCGAUCUUUCUAUCGACCCCGAACGAGUCGUCCUCAUGGGCCACAGUUCCGGUGCACACGUCGUCACCCUCCUAGGAACGGAUACUCGCUACCUCGAACGAGCGGGAACCAGCGUCUCCAUCGUGCAAGCCGUCAUCGCCCUCGACGGCUCAAACUACAACGCCGCAGCCGAACUCAACGAUAACCCCGGCCAGAUUGCGGACCACAUGCUUGACGCCUUCGGUACUGAUUUAGCCCGAUUACACGACAUGUCACCGACAUAUCAUGCCCGCGCACCCAAUGCCCAUGCAUUCUUGCUUCUGCAUACUCAUAGACAUGGGGAUAUUCGGCAGGGAGUUGAGUUUGUUGCGGCGUUGAAAGCUGCGGGGACGGAGGCUGUUUUGCAUGUUUUUGAAGGGCAAGGGUUUGAGGGCCAUAUGCAGGUAUUGCUUCGAUUGGGGGAUAGGAAGUAUCCUGCGACAGUGGUGAUGGAUAGUUGGCUUGAGGGGAACGUUCCGGUGAAUUGA